ACAAUAUUUAUUAAAGCAAAAAUGAAUUCAAUAUUUAUAUCGAUAUUUUCAAUGUUAAUUGCUUAUAAUAGUGUAUAUGGAUUAAAAGAAGGCGAAUGCGAAGUAUGUGUAGCAACUGUUAAUAAUUUUGCUCAAACAUUAUCAGACGAAGUGAAAAGUGAUUACAAAAAAAUAGAAUCUAUGUUCAAAACGUUUUGUAAAGGUACAAAAAAUAAAGAAAACAGAUUUUGCUAUUAUUUGGGAGGUCUUGAAGAAUCUGCUACUGGUAUUUUGGGUGAACUUAGUAAGCCUUUAUCAUGGUCUCUUCCAGCAGAGAAAAUUUGUGAAAAAUUAAAGAAAAAGGAUGCACAAAUUUGCGAUUUAAGAUACGAAAAACAAAUUGACUUGAAUACAGUUAAUCUGAAGAAAUUGAAGGUUCGGGACUUGAAGAAGAUACUUGACGAUUGGGAUGAAGUAUGCGAUGGAUGCAUCGAAAAGACUGAUUUUAUCAAUAGAAUAGAAGAAUUGAAAUCGAAAUAUGCAAAGCCCCAGAAAACAGAUUUGUAAACUUAUUCUUGAUAUUUAGGUCAAUUUUCAUAAUUAAAAUUAUCAUAACAUUCAUUUCAUCUUAUCGUGAAUGUUUAUUCAGUUCUUUUAAAAUUUAUAUAUUGAGCCACAUUGGUUUUUGGCUUUACAUUUCUUUAAUUAAAGAAUUUUAUUUUUUAUUAAUAAUCUGAUUUUUUUUCCUUAAAAUCACGGAUACUCAAAUAUAGUUAUAGGCUCUUAAUGAACGUGUCCGAUAGGAAUCUUCCAUUAUUUAGAAGUAAUCAUUAUACUUGGGUAUUAAAUACUUCUAUUUCUAUAAAAUUUUUCAUUUUUGACUUUCUUAUUAGUAUUGUUGUAUGCGUAAACAGAAUUUACUUCCCAACUUAAUGUUACGGAGCUGCAUAUUUCAAAUUGCAGUGAUCGUUAUUCACAAUAUAACAUAUUGUCUUUACAGACCUGUAUGUCUGUGAUAAUAAUAUCGUCCAAAAACCAUAUUGAAGACUUUUUGUCAAGUGUUUAAUACUACUGUUUAUAGUCGAUAAAGCGUAUUUAAUGAUAUACUUUUAAAACAAGAAUUAUCAUAUUUGUAAAGAUAUAUUGUUUUUCUAUUUCUAAUAUUCAAUAUUACUUUUGUAAACUGAAUGACCAACAAGAUUUAUCUAGAAUAAUUAACAAAAUACUUCUAUUAGAAUAAUAUUUGACAAUUGUACAUCUUUUUUUAAAAAUAGAUAAUGACAAGACAGCAUCAAAAU